AAGCAGAACCAAACUCGCUUCUCUAAGCAACCUCUCAUAUGUAUAUAAUAAUUUAUGUUUAUUUGUGUGUUUGAGUGUUACUUAUAAGAGGGUUUGUUAGCCAAAACGUUUGCAUCAGUCGCAGGUGUAAGAGGUUUGUCCAAUCCCUCCAACUCUCUAACGGAAAACACUUUCCCAUCUUCCCCCACCAUAUAUUCUCUUCUUCUGUCUCUUUCUACUUCCUUGUCUUUAUUCUUAUUUUCUUAUCUCUCUCUCUUUCUUUCUUAUACCUUCAAUAUUCCAUACUCAGAUAUAAAGAUCUUCACACAACAGAGAAAUUAAACAUACCCUAAUCUUGAAUUAGGGUUUUUCUUUUCCCUCUUUCUGUUCUUCUCUGUGUGUUUUAGCUUCUAGACAGAAGUAAUAUGUGCAGUAGAGGCCAUUGGAGGCCAGCUGAGGAUGAGAAGCUCCGAGAAUUGGUGGAACGCUAUGGACCUCAUAAUUGGAACGCCAUAGCUGAGAAGCUUCGAGGAAGAUCAGGGAAAAGCUGUAGGUUGAGAUGGUUCAAUCAAUUGGAUCCAAGAAUAAACAGAAGUCCUUUUACGGAGGAAGAAGAAGAGAGGCUUCUUGCUUCUCACAGGAUUCAUGGGAACAGAUGGGCUGUGAUUGCAAGACACUUCCCAGGAAGAACUGAUAACGCUGUGAAAAACCAUUGGCAUGUGAUGAUGGCGAGGAUUCGGAGAGAAAGGUCCAAAGUUUAUAACACCAAACACCCACUUUUCCCUCCAAACCUUGACACCGAUUUUCAGACUGAUUCUAUCCCUUCUUUUGUUGAGAAAUAUUAUGAAAAGUUCAGUCAUCACCACCACCACCACCACCACCCUUGUGUCACACACACACCUUUUCACUUUCCCAAGAAGUUUCACUUUCAAGAUCCAACUUCUGCUUCCACACUGCCUCCAGAGAAGAGUGAAUCAGUGGAGUUCUAUGAUUUUCUUCAAGUAAAUACCGAUUCCAAUAAAAGUGAAGUGACAGACAUAGCCAGAAGAGACGAAGAGGAAGUGAGUCAAGAAGAUGGUGUGGAACUGAAGAACAUUGGUGUUCCAUUCAUUGAUUUUUUGUCUUCUGGAACCUGCUAACACAACUGCGACAACCUUAAUUACCCAUUAUUCUCCUAUCAUCAUUUCAGCCUGACCAUCGAGAACAAUAUCUCGACUUUAGAACCAUUCAUGUAACUUCCUUCUCUAUUAUUCACAAAAGAGUAACGUAUUUAAGGAGACAUGUACAUUUAUAACAUGUAAAAAAAGGCUUAUGAGAAGCUCCAUGCAUCAAAAUCAUCAAAAUGUUGCAUCAUGUAAACCGAAAGAAAAUCACAAGUUCCAUAGAUGCUUGCAUCUUCAAAGAUUAUAUGUUAUGAAUUGGGUUAGGGACAACAUGUGGGGUUGGAUAUUGGAUACUAGUCAAAUAUAUAAUUAACUAUCUCUUAACCUAA